UCAAGAGGCCGAAUCCCGCGAAUCCGAUCGGCCUUCACGAACUGAGAGCCCCGCGGUGGAGCUAUGAAUCAUGUUCAAGAUGGCCUUAUCGAUUGCUAGUCCCCGCUCAAAAUUUUGUGACGAUGCGGCUGGUUAGCAAGCUACCUUUUACGGGAGCUUCUCUGUUCAACACAAUACUAUUCUAAACGCUCUCGCUCAACUGACCUAACCAUUGCUGCGACGCCUCCAGAAGAGAACAAGCCAGUCUAUCAUCAAAUUUGUACUUCACGAUCAUCGGCACGCACAAUGGCGCCCAGUCGCCCCAACAAGGAAGCGAAGCCCUCCCCAAGCACCCUGCUUUCAGAUGCCGAAACCCUCCACACAGUCGGCAAACUUCAAGAUGCGAUCCCGGUGGCGCAACAGGCACUUGAGCUGACAGGCUCCGGCGGUGACCACGAACUGCGGGCGCUCAAUCUACUCGGUAUCCUGCACAUCGAGACAGGCGACACAGAUGACGCGCGAAGCUUCUUCACGCGAGCGGUAAAACUCGAUCCGGAGGGCACACUGGAAGAGAAAAUUGGCGGUGGACCGGAGAAAUUUCUUUUCCUUGCACAAUUGAGCGAGGAGGGCGGAAGCGACAGUGUCCAGUGGUUCGAGAAGGGUGCCUCAGCGCUGAGGAAACGCAUCCAGGCUCUGACUGACCUGCCAAGUCGGACACCCGAACAAACGGAGAAGCUCAGCACCACACAGAGCCACCUCGGCUCCGUGCUAUGCUCUGUGACCGAGGUGUACAUGACGGACCUGUCAUGGGAGGAGGACGCGGAACAAAGGUGCGAGGCGCUGAUCACAGAGGCGAUGAUGAUCGCACCGAACAGUGCCGAGACGUGGCAGACUGUCGCCAACGUGCGGAUAUCACAGGAACGCUACGACGACGCGAGGGGUGCUCUGAAGAAGAGCCUGGAACUAUGGCAGGACAAGGACCCUCUCGAUCCCGCCGUGCCUGAAUUUCCUGAGCGAAUCAGCCUCGCCCGUCUGCUCCUGGAAGUCGAGAUGGAAGAGGAAGCCCUCCGCGUCAUUCAGCGCCUCACCUCAGAUGACGACCAGAGCGUGGAGGCCUGGUAUCUCGGAGGAUGGUGCCUAUUCAUUAUUGGCGAGAAGAUGCGCGAUGGCAAGCAUGACGCCCGCGCGAAUGGAGAGGCGGACGAGUGGAAGUCCGUGUGGACAUCCUCAAGACAAUGGCUGGCCAUGUGCCUCAAGCUCUACGAGGCACAGGAGUAUGAAGACGAGAGGCUGGGACAGCAUGCAGUGGAGUUGUUUGAGAACAUCAACAAGGAGCUGGGUCCGCCAAAAGAGGGCGAGACGGACGACUGGGAUGAUGCGAGCGGCGACGACGACGAUGAUGAUCUGGACGAGGAGAUGAAGGAUUAGACCUGAAUAGACGUGAUCAAGAUGCAUCCCAAAGGCAUUACGAUACGCGAUAUUGUGCAACAGUUAUGCCGACUAUGUGGC